GGAGGAUGAGGGCGGAUGGAGAAGGCGUGACGUCGCUGCCCGCAGAGAGGCCCACUCCUCGGCCGGCCGGGCGGCAGACGAGCUGCAGAAGUGGAGGAAUAUCCACCGGACCACGCGAGCUAUAGCCCGCACGGCAGAUGUGAAAGAAGAGGAAGAGGAGUUGGUGGUGGUGGUGGAGGUGGGGGACGCGCCAGCCACCUCCACCAGGCUCCACACACGGUGGUACGAGUAGGGGAGUGGGUCGGGGAGGACAUGGAGCAGCCAUGGGUGCCCACACACGUUCAGGUGACGGUGCUCCGAGGCAGGGGUCUGCGGGGCAAGGGCAAGCACGGCACCAGCGACGUGUACGCGGUUAUCCAGCUGGCCAAGGAGAAGUACUUGACGUGCGUAGCCGAAAAGACCACCGAGCCCGAGUGGCGCGAGGAGUGCUGCUUCGAGCUGCAACCCGGCGUCCUGGACAUGGACAUUGGCCCGGAGCUCGUCCUCACCGUCAUGCACCGCGCGGUAAUCGGGCUGGACGUGUUCCUGGGUCAGGCCAUCAUCCAGCUGCGGAAGAUCUUCCACGAGAGCCGCGGUGUGAAAAAUCAGUGGUACCGACUUAACUCCAAGACCGGCAAGAAGGAGAAAGAGAGAGGCGACAUUCAAGUCAGCGUCCAGUUCACACGCAACAACCUGACGGCUAGCAUGUACGACCUGGUCAUGAAGGACAAAGGGGCUUCCACGUUCAGCAAGCUGAAGGAGCGCAUGAGGGGCAAGAGGCGAUCCAGUGAAGAUGAGGCAACCUCAGGUGGCACCGGCCCGCUGAGCCGCGUGCGCCAACGUCUGCCCAGCGACGGGGGCGGCGAGGAGGACUACGAGGACGACGAGGGCGGCGAAGUGAGGCGCAGUAAGAUGAGGACUUUCUUCCUGCGAGGCAAGCUGAGGAAGUCGUCGGACACGCGCUCCAGCACGUCGCUGGGGUCCGAGAGCAGCGAGUCGUCGUCGCGUGGUGGGAGUCUCAGCCCCACAGCUGGCAUCAGUGUGGUGGUCUCCGACCUCUCCAACUCGCCCAGUAACAGCAGCAACCUGACCGCUGACAGCCCAGACCGCACGGCUGACACAUCACCCAGGUUGUCUCCCUUGCGCUGUGACUUUAGCGAUGAGAUUAAUGAGAUCACCAUAGCCGUGCCUCAACUUCCCGCGGGCAUCAAUGGAACGCACAAGUCCCAGGAUCAGGCCUCGGGAGCUCUAGAAACUUCUUUGGGCCUGGGACACCUGCAGAAGACUUUGCCUCUAUCCGUGUCUUUGCAGAAUCUUCACCCGCGGGCCUCUGCAGAACCCCUGCAUGGCACCGUGGGCGAUGGACGACGCUGGUCUUUUGACAAGGCCGGCGAGGAAGAGAGUGCUGCUAUUGCAGCGGCCAUGGAGAAAAGCUGCCCUGUGUUGGGCAGAGAAGAGACGGGCGAGGAGGUCGAACAAGACUCUGGCACAGAGGGCAAACACAAAGGAUGGUUCGGGUCCAAGGAGUCGCACAGUAAAUCCAGCUCGGUGGCACCUCAUGAACUAGAUCCCUCCACUGAGCCACCCCUUGACCCACUGCACCAAUCUAACCCCUUCUGUUCCUCACCAUCCCUGUCACCCAGCAACCCUUUCCUAUCGCACGACACGUUGUACGAUUCCUCGUUGCCCCCCCUGCCCUUUCUUUCCAAUUCCCGGCCUCCUAUUGAGCAACUCUUUCCAAAGACGGGUUAUGCAGACACCCAGACUUGGGAGAGUCAAACUACCGAAGACCACGUCAUUGGCUUGGGCAAGAAGAUACCUUUAAGCCAGAAGUCUUCAAACCCUUUUGCAUCUGCUGAGGAACAGGAACCACAUACGGAAUGGGACGAUUCUUUUGAGGAGUUUGCUGCUUGCAGGCUGCAAGGUCCAAAAGACCUGACAUCUAACAUUUUAACCAACACCCAUCAGCUGGAACUUGGCAGUGAUGAAAGGAAUGAUUCCCUGAAUACCAAAAGUGUCAUGUUGAGCAACUACAUGACGACCUGCAGCCACCUGCACUCUUUGGACCCCAUCCCAGAGGAUGAAAGCUUUGAGUACUGCAACGAAGUGUUUAACACUUUGGAAUCACACCCUCCCACUGGAUGGCAUCAAGCUAACAGCACUACUAACAUGGCUCCCUUCCCAGAUGGUUCUUCGGGUAUCGGGAGUUCAGUUGAAGAUGAUUUCCUCUCCUGUUUCUCUUCAAAUUCUGCAUCGGACAAGUUCUCAGCGUGCUCCUUGGAUGAAACUGAGCCGCAGAAUUUCGAGAGCGUUGCUCCAACCUUGGAGAUCUUGUCCAAAACAGUUAUCACUCCAAAGGGUUCUACUUCUACAGAUGAGCUUUUGACUGAUGCAGCUCAACAAACUGCAAGUCAGAGUGACGAUUCUGAAUGGUGGGAUUCAGACGGGUCCUUAGUCUUCACACCACCGCCGACUAUGUCUAGUGCAAUGAUUGCAGGUUUAGAAGCUGCAGACAUGCAGACACCAGAGAACCUGGACCUAGAGCCAAAAUGUGAGAUGCAAUCUGAUGACGAGAACAAUGAAGAAGUAUCUCAAGGCGAAUUAAGUGGACAACCAUCUCAGGACAUUCCGAGCUCUCCCCCAGGCACUGGCCUAUCCUUGUCGUUUGAGGAAGGUUGCUGGGAAUCUCCUGUACCUUCCAGGCAUCUUGGAGAUAGUGACAAAACCACUAACAGCUUUCUCCAAAGCCUCAACAUGAACACUGACUCACACGAUGACCAAAAUUGCUGCUCUCUGCCGCCCUCAGAAUGUUCUGGGAUUUCCAACCCUACUGAGAAGUCACACUCUGAGAACUUGACUUUCUGUGGGGAGCUAGGACAAAUUGGGGGACCCGCCAUUGCUUCAGUGAGUCCAGAUGGCUCAAAUAACCAAGCUGACCUGUUGGCUCCGAUUCCGGAAAUCAGAUCAGAAACUGGUGAACAAGAUUUCUCAGCAGUGGACAAGAGUUUUCAAGUUCUCCCUGCAACAGACGUCUUUUCAAAUCCCAUGGAGGGAAAUGAAUUCACAGCUCUUGAUGUAGGUUUUGCAAGAAACCCUCCACAACUCUCAAAAAUAUCACAGAGCACCAGGAGCUUUUUCCAAAGCCUCAAUAGCAACUUGCAGUGCCACCAAAACCAGUACGGCAUAUAUGACCCAUCAGAGACACUUGACUCUGAGAAAUCUACCUUCUCUGGGGAAUCAGGAGAGAUUUCGGAAUUCAUCGAUGUUUCAUUUUGUGGAAAAGGCUUAACCGAAGAUCCAAACAAUCAACAUGACUUGUUGUCUUUGGUGAUGACAGACAGCCCAGAUACUUUUGAGACUUGUUUCACAGCAGGGGACGACAAUAGUUCCCAAUUUCUCCCUGUGACUCAUACAGACUCUUAUCAGAAGCUCAUUGAGGGCGAUCAGGUCACUGAUCUAAGUGCCGUGUCUUUGAAAAGGCCUUUACCACCACUACCCCAAAUGUCCCAGAUCACCAGGGGCUCUCCCAAAAUCCCAGAGAGAAACUUGCAGGACCACCAAAACCAUAUCAGUGUACCCGACGCCACUGAGAGCGUUGAUUCAGAGAAAUCUACCUUCUGUGGUGAGCUAGAAGAGAUUCCAGAACCCAUCAGAAUUUUAGUGAGCCCCAGGGGUUCUACCAGUGGCCCAAAUGACCAGGCUGACUCAUUGUUUCUGAUGUCAGAGAACACACCAGAUACCUGUGAAUCAGGUUUCGUAAAAUCUUGUGACUUGGGCUUCACAGCAAUAAAUGAUGGGAGUUCUGAAGUCCUCCCUGGCACUCCUUCAGAUUCGUAUCCGAAUACCAUUGAUGGCGAACAGUUCACCGUUCUCGAUGAUGUGUUUGUGAACAAACCUUCACCAGAAGUCUCUCAAACAUCCCAGAGCACUAGGAGCUUUCUCCAAAGCCUCGACGGAAAGUUGCAGCACCAUUAUGGCAUAGCCACACACCCCGAGAUGGUAAUCGCGAAGAACUCUACUUUCUGUGGUGAGCUAGGAGAGAUUCAGAGUGCCACCACUGCUUCACUGAUUCCAGAGAGUUUUCCCAGUGAUUCAAAAAAUCUAAAUGACUGGUUGUCUGUGGUUACAGAAGACAGACAAGAUCCUUAUGAGUCAAGUUUUAACGAAGGGAAUGAUGGAAGUUCCCAGGUUCUCCCUGCAACAUCAACAGACUCGUAUGCAAAGCCUUUCGGGGAUGAUUUUGUCACUGCUUUUGAUGACACGUUUGUGAAAAACCCACCACCACGACUUCCCAAAAUAUUCCAGAGAACAAUGAGCGUUCCUUCAUUCCACUUAUCUCCAAACCAUUACGGUGACUCAAAGCCCACCGAGAGGCGAGGGUCAGAGAACUCUACCUUUGCUGGGAAGGCUGGAGAGGUUCCGGAAGACACCGGCGCUUCACUGGGUUUGACCACCGGACCGAACAUUAACACGCACAUCACCGACUGGUUGACUCAAGUGAUGACAGACCGAGCAGAUGCAGGUCUCACUCGAGGUGACCUCAGGGGUUCGCAAGUUCUCGCUGCAACUCCAACAAUAUUGAAGCCUGAUGAGGUUUUUGGUAACCAGAUGGUGGAAAACCCGCCACCGCACCACCCCACAGUACAUCGCGCAAGCACCCUCCCGUUCAAUUGGGACAAGACCCUUCCACUGUCCUUCUGGAACGAGUCCUGCUCCCCCGAGGCGUUAUCCACAUCCCCUUCCUCCCCCUGCCCUUCAACGGCCUCCGCUCCUACACUAACCCGUCAAACUAGUUGCUUCCCCUCUUUCCUUUCCUCCCCUUCUGAUGCCUCGCUGCUGCCCGCCACACUGAACCCUCAGGAGGCACUGGAAUGCCAGCAGGAGCACGCAACUCGUCAGGAGCUCAGUCCCCACCCGGUGCGGCCCCUGAGCAGUGGCCCGCUGCUCGAAGGCCGCUCGGUCCUGGAGAAGAUCAAGUCCAGCAUCCACCCUGGCAGGAGGAGCCAGACCGGCGAGAAGAUCCUGACGGAGGGCGCCGGCUCGUACUAUCACCUGACCCACAGCGAACUGAUUGGUCUCCUGGUGCAGCGCGAGGCGGAGCUGGAUCAGCAGAAGGCGGAGUUUCAGCAGCAGCGCAUCCUGCUGGCCAAACGGGAGGUGGAAUUGCGUAAGCUGAAGCCGCAGGUCCGGGACCUGGAGGACUACAUUGACACGCUCCUGGUGCGCAUCAUGGAGCAGAAGCCCACCCUCCUGCAGGUGCGAUCCAGGCUCAAAUGACGGCACGCUCCCCACGGGCAACCUCGGAUACCCCAACAGCUUUUUAGUCUUUUCACCGCUACGCUGUCCCUAUUUUGAUACAAGCGUUUUUGCAGAGGUUCUCAAACUUUCUAGAUCCGGGCCCCCCCCCUCAUAGUCCCAACAGCAAUUGAACAUGUGUAACCCAAAAUGCCAAAGGAACUAGGCGUGCGAGAAAAAACAAUUUGAAUUGAAAAAUUGGUCUUGGUUGAACCGAAUGAAAUCGUUACACUUUAAAAUGUAGCGUACAUCAACUUGUCUGAUUAGACCUCAUUUGCUCUGUCAUGGAGGCUUCCGAUACCAGAAACCGAUACUUAAGUUAAAGAAAAUCUUAAACUCUCCUCGGCAAUAAUUUGCGCUAUGCUACACUUUGGCGAAUUAUCAGCUGCCCAAAACCUGCCGUUUGAGAACCGCUGCAUUUGAGACGUGUAACGAAUAUGCUAGCUACGUAGUCCUCAGGUUGUUUUCAGCUCCUCACCCACCAGGUUGGAUUGGUUUUAGGAUGGUGGGCAUGUGCGCACCAUGUUGCUGGAUGCUGAAUCGGUGUGGGGAGAAAACAAGAAAAAGUCCUUUAUGCCUCACCUUGCCUGUUAUGAACACAAAUGAGAGCAAAUGCAGAAUGUUCACCCUAUUUUGUCACUUUCAUCUUGAACUGCAGUACGUUUUUACAGCCAUGUGUGGUAGACAACACAGCUGGAGGCAAUAAAAAUUGACAGCUUCACUUAAUUUUUGUGCGGAAAAAAAUUGGAUCAUCAUCACAAUGCGACGAAAUUAUUUGUUUCGUAAUUGUUAGUUGCAGCUCUAGUUACAGCCUCAUUCCAAAAUAGUGUAUUUCUUUUUCUUACCAAUUCUAAAAGUCGCUUAAAGUGAAGGCCCGUGAAUACUUUCCAGAUGCAUUAAGUUUGUUCGGGAAAUGUUCACAGCGCUUCACUUUUUCAAGAAUUUUACUAAGCUUGUGCUUAUUGUGCAAGAUUGUUUGCCAAACAGACAAUGUUGAUUAAGUUUGCAGCAAAAUCAGUGCAAUAAAAGAUAUGCGUUUGCCUAUAUUUUUGCUCAUGGAUUUGUGGCUGUGUAUGGACCAGCGCUGUAUAUCAUGUCUUCCAUUUUGAAAGCUUUUUAUUGAGGCGAAUGUUUUUUGUGGUGGGGGUCGCCUGCCUCCCCAGGCCCACGUGUCGCAAAAGAGCGUUUACAAGCUGUGAUGAUGCAAUUCUGUUUCACACAAUUUUGUAUAUUUAAUAAAGAAUAUAUAGUAUUUCUUCCUCACU